UAGCAUUAUGAAAAAUUAAUAAAUUCAUUGACUAGAAGGAAUCUUUGUAUUUCUUACUCGUGAGCGGAUACCUGUGAUUCAACAUCUUUCCAAAUAUAAAGGUGGCAAGUUAGUUGUUUAUGAUUUCAUUUGGAUAAUUUUGAAUACAUGCUCCACAACUUGUGCGUCUAAAGGUAUGACAGAAGGAAAGCGUUAAAAGGAGAAGUAUGAAUUGGAAAAAAGUUAAAACUUGUUUGAUUCUAUCUCAUACAUGGAAAGUCAUGCAUGCAAAUAAAUUAGGAAACUACUUCAGCAUUUCCUAGUUUCAGGGGAUAUGCGAAAGCUACAUGUGCACCACAAGGAUAUCUACUAUAUAUAAGGAGGACCAAAGCUACCUAGGACACUCCAAGCGACGCCGAUAGAUACCUAGGACACUCGAAGCAACCACUUAGUGUUUACAAUGGCAAGAGCAAUUGCAACGUUAUGUAUACUUAUGGCCAUCGUGCUUGUUGCCGCUAUGCCGGCAGUGAGCUCGAUAGACAUCACAGAUAGGGACCUGGGGUCAGAGGAGUCCAUGUGGGCACUAUAUGAGCGUUGGUGUGAGCAUCUCAAUGUGGAUUGUGACCACGGUGACAAGGCUCGGCGAUUUAAUGUGUUCAAAGAAAAUGCUCGCAUGAUCCACGAAUUCAACCAAGGUGAUGCACCCUACAAGCUGAGCCUAAACCUCUUCGGUGACAUGACCGAUGAAGAGGAUGACCACGUGUACGGUCACUGCUCUAACCUCACGUCAGAUGGUGGGAACCGGCACCAAGGCAAGUUCACACAUGGCGUUGUUGUUGCGCGCGACGACCUCCCAAUGUAUGUGGACUGGCGCAUGAUGGGUUAUGAUCAACGCCCAUCGGCGGUGACAAGCGUGAAGCGGAAAAUUGGUUGUCGGGCCUGUUGGGCCUUUGCAGCGACGGCGGCCGUGGAGGGCAUCAACUCUAUUAGGACCAGGAAGCUGAUUCCAUUGUCCGCGCAACAACUUGUAGACUGCGACAAGAAAAAUUUCGGCUGUCGUGGCGGCAACGCACAAUUGGCCUUCAAGUACAUAAAAGAAAACGGAGGCAUCACCAGUGAUGCUAACUAUCCGUAUGUUGCCUUUGAGCAGGGUCGUUGCUUGGUGCCAAAAAAGAACCCCAUCAUCACCAUCGACGGCUUCAAACGGGUGCCGCCAAAUUAUGAGCUGGCCUUGAUGCAGGCGGUGGCAUCCCAACCGGUCGUUGUGGUAGUUGACCCGAAUGGCUUCCGGCGAUACGGGGGAGGCGUAUUUGUGGGGCCGUGUGGGACGAAUCUGACCCAUGAAAUGAUAGUGGUGGGCUAUGGCACCACCGAUGAGCAUGACCUCAAGAGACGUGUAGACUACUGGAUCAUAAAGAACUCAUGGGGGGCAAAAUGGGGUGAAGACGGCUACAUCCGCAUGGCACGCGGCGUGAGCGGUCUCACCGAGGGAUUAUGUGGCAUCCUGAUGGAAGCGUCAUACCCAGUGAAAAAUUAA